AUGAAUAAAAUAAAAGUUCAAAAAACAAUUGAUAGCUUUUUUCACAUUAAAAGGAAAAAAAGCACAACUGCAAGUAGUGCGAGUGGGGAGAAUAAUGGAUGUGGUUCUGCCACAAGCACUGUUUUGGAGGAGUUGGAAGAAACAGAUAAUGAGUGUAAGAAAAGGAAGAUAGUAACUGAUUCUAUAAAAUUUGAAAAUGCUACUGAUGUAAAUUCAUGUGAUCAGGAAGUAUCUGCAUGUAACUUGGGCGUGGAGGAGAACUCUGCAAAUAUAUCAUUCAUUAAGAAGAUGACAAACGUAAUGGAAAAGGAAAAAGUUUCUGAAAAGACAAAUGUUGCGGAUAUGCCUAGCUUCAGUUACACUGAAGAAAUAAAAAACUUAAUGCAUGUUGAAUGGUACGAACAAUUAAAAGAUGAAUUGAAAAAAAAUUAUUUUCAGAAAAUGUAUCUGAAGAUAAAGGAAGAAAGAAAGACAAAAGUUAUAUUUCCACCAGCUCCAUUAGUUUUCAAUGCUUUUUUGAAAACACCAUUAUCUAAAAUAAAAGUAGUAAUAGUAGGUCAGGAUCCCUACCAUCAAAAAGGUCAAGCCAUGGGUUUAUGUUUCUCAGUACCAGUUGGUAUUAAAAUUCCUCCAAGUCUAAAAAAUAUUUUAAAGGAAAUAAAACAAACAAGUAAUCAUGGAGAUUUAAUUAGCUGGGCAGAGCAAGGAGUGUUCUUAUUAAAUACAUCUUUAACUGUCGAAGAAAACAAACCUGCUUCACACAAAAAUUACGGGUGGGAAACUUUUACUGAUAAAGUUAUAAAUAUUAUAAAUGAGAAAAAACAGAAUAUUAUUUUCAUGCUGUGGGGGAAUUUUGCAAUAAAAAAAUGUGCAAAAAUUGACACAAACAAGCAUUUUAUUUUAAAAGCAGGACAUCCAUCUCCCUUAAGUGUGAGACAUUUUAUCAAUUGUGACCACUUCAACAAGUGUAAUAAUAUUCUUACUCAGAAAGGGUUAACACCUAUUAAGUGGGAUUUGCCACAAUGA